AUGGAGGCGGGCGCCGGGGCCGGCGCGGGCGCCGCGGGCUGGAGCUGCCCGGGCCCAGGACCCACAGUGACCACUUCAGGCUCCUACGAGGUAUCAGAGGGUUGUGAGAGGAAGAAAGGCCAACGCUGGGGGUCCCUGGAACGGCGGGGGAUGCAAGCUAUGGAGGGGGAAGUGUUACUCCCAGCUCUCUACGAGGAGGAAGAGGAGGAGGAGGAAGAGGAAGAAGAGGUGGAAGAAGAGGAUGAUCAAGUGCAGAAAAGUGGCAGCGUGGGCUCCCUGUCGGUUGGCAAGCACCGGGGCCUGAGCCUCACGGAGACGGAGCUGGAGGAGCUGAGGGCUCAGGUGCUGCAGCUGGUGGCAGAGCUGGAGGAGACCCGGGAACUGGCAGGGCAGCAUGAGGACGACUCACUGGAGCUGCAGGGGCUCCUGGAGGAUGAGCGGCUGGCCAGCGCCCAGCAGGCAGAGGUGUUCACCAAGCAGAUUCAGCAGCUCCAAGGUGAGCUGCGGUCUCUGCGGGAGGAGAUUUCCCUGUUAGAGCAUGAAAAAGAAAGUGAACUUAAAGAAAUAGAGCAGGAGUUGCAUUUGGCCCAGGCUGAGAUCCAGAAUCUGCGGCAAGCAGCGGAGGACUCCGCGACUGAACAUGAGAGCGACAUAGCCUCCCUGCAGGAGGAUCUCUGCCGGAUGCAGAAUGAACUCGAGGACAUGGAGCGCAUCCGAGGAGAGUAUGAGAUGGAGAUCACCUCCCUCCGUGCAGAAAUAGAAAUGAAGAACUCUGACCCAUCCAAUAGUUUAAGUCUCUCAGAUUUCUCUGAGAUGCAAGAAGAGUUGCAGCAACUGCGGGACCGCUACCGCUUCCUGAACGAGGAGUACCAGGCCCUCCAGGAGAACAACAGUAGCCUCACAGGACAGCUUGCGGAUCUGGAGAGUGAGAGGACACAAAGAGCAACAGAAAGGUGCCUGGAGUCCCAAGCCCUAGGGAGUAUGAAGUCAGCAGAGUCUCAGACUUCAGAAGAGGAUUUCCUGGAGCCGGAUCCUGAAAUGCAUUUGUUGCGACAGCAGCUGCUGGGAGCUGAGGAGCAGAUGCAUGACAUGCAGAACGAGUGUAAGAAAUUGAGUUGUGAGUUGCAAGAGCUACAGCAUCAUCGCCGGACCAGUGAGGAGGAGCAGAGGCGGCUGCAGGGAGAGCUCAAGUGUGCACAGGAUGAGGUGCUUCGGUUUCAGACUUCCCACAGUGUCACCCAGAGCGAGGAGCUGAGGACCAGACUCUGUGCCCUGCAGCAAAAGUAUGAUGCUAGCCAGGAUGAGCAGAAUGAGCUCUUGAAGGUACAGCUACAACUUCAGGCUGAGCUCCAGCAGCUCAAAGUUAUGAAACCCACAGUCGUAGAAAGCCAGAGUGAGAAGGAGUUACAGUGCCAGCUACAGAAGCUGCAGCUGCAGUACCAGAACAUCACGUGUGAGAAGGACAAGCUGCUGGCCGUGCAGCAGCAGCUGCAAGACAGCCUGCACUGCCACGAGGCGGAGGUGCAGCACCUCAAGGGCAUCGUGGCCUCCUUCCAAGAGAGCAGAGAGAAGAAUGCAGAGAUGCACGCCCAGCUGCAGGAGAUGAAGUGGCUGUACCAGACCAGCAAGGAUGCGCUGGAGCGGCAAAAGCACGUGUAUGAUCAGCUCGAGCAGGACUUCUUGCUCUGCCAGCAGGAGCUGCAGCAGCUCAAGACCACCCAGUCCAUCCCAGAGGACAAGGGAAAGUGUGCUGAUAAGCCAUCCCCUGCCCCCAAUCCCCCCAUCUUCUCCUUGCCUCUCGUAGGCCUGGUGGUCAUAUCGGCUUUGCUCUGGUGCUGGUGGGCUGAGACAUCGUCCUAACGCAGGUACUGGUAUUGCGUCCCCUCCUUCUGAGGGAUAGAGGGAGGGUGCAGGUUGCCCUGGCCUCUUCUCUUUCCCUUUUCUCUGAGCCGCUUGCUUCUUGCUUCUGCCAUUUUACAACAGGUGAUAGUCAGGUCUGAGUUUUAGCCCUGGCUUUUCCUUGGGCUACUGCAAAGCCCAUAACAUCUCAGAGAAUGUCUCCCUAACUUGUACGGAAUUGGAAUGCUCGCCAUUGACAUAGUUUGAGUUUCUGUACUCUGGCUGGGAAAAAUUUGAAUGAUCCCAGCACUGUGGCUACUUUCAAAGCUCCCUCGACUACUUCUGAUGAGCUGAUGUCUGACUGCAAGGCUGGCCUGGCUGCUCUUUGUCUUUGUUUAGCCCCAGAGCCAAGCUCUCACUACGGUCACUACCCAGGAUGGCAAAAUAAGGAAUCACUGCCUCCCCACUUGGGUGAGAGAGGAGGUCUGGAGAGUUGUGAUCCCCAAAGGUCAUUUGUAUGAGGAGAACCUCGAUUCGUCCUUCAGCCUUGGCAUCAAACUCUUAUCCUAUUAUAUACUUUCUACUGAGAAGUUCUCUGGUUUGGGGAUUCUAGUCUCCAAAAAAUCAGAACAAGAAUGCCACAUCCCUUUUGGGGGUCAGAUUCUAUCGUAAUCGGCUUCCCAAGCUAGGCUUUCUGGAGAGAAUGUGGUAUUGGUGAGAAGUUUCCACUAACCAGAAAUGCAGUGUUUUCAGGGAACCAAACUGAUAUAUUCUGGGCACCAGUCCACGUAAUCUGAUCUGUCAACAGGGCACCAAAUUCAGGAGGCAGAAUGUAGUCUCAUGGCCCAAGGUAGAACCCUUCCAGACCCAUAAACUAUUCUCUCUUGGCCUGUUUUGGCUCCUUUCCCACGUUCCCCCUGCCACUCCCACUCCCCCACCCUCUCUUCUCACAUCCCUGUAAAUGGAGUGUAGUUGGCUCACUGCAUAGGUUCAGAGUGACCGCUGGAGCAUUUGUGGGUAGCAUUUAUCACUAUUUCCUUUUCUGUCCUGCCUUUUUUCCUCCUCACUUUUUUUUUUUUUUUUUCUCUUCAACCCUUCUCCUUUCUUCUUUUAGACAUUCCAGUUACUCACCACGGUCAGUCUUUAACUCCUUUGGUGAGAGGGGUCGCUCCCUGUACACUCCCAGAUUUCUGGGUCCGUGUGGGAUGAGACCCAAAGCAUUCAGCCAUAACCUUUCACCAACUCAAACCCAGCCGGGCCUGACCAGAGUGAGAGGAAGGAACUCCUGGGUAAGCGUCCUCUUGGAGGAGCCUGUUAUACCCAGAGCCUGGCUACGGCCCAGCAUGCAGCUCCCAUCCAGAAACUGAGGCAGCAGAGUAGGGUAGAAAGUGUGGCUGACAGGCGGGCAGACAUCUUGGGUGAGUCUGUCUCUGUUUCUUAGAGCUUAGUCCCAGUGGGCAAAAUGCAUAACCUGAACAUCAGUUUCUUCAAAUGUAAGGAAAGGAUGAUAAAUCCUCUGGCUUCCUCAUGUGAGGAACAGAUGAGUUCAUUUAUAUGAAGGUACUUUAUAAAUGAUAAAACACCACAUAAAUAAUAAAAAGAGCAUACUCUUACAUAAUGCAUGCUAUAUGCCAGGCACUGUUUAAUCAUCUGGUAAGUAUUAACUCAUUCAAUUCUCACAAUAACCCACUGAGGUAGCUAUCAUUUUACGUGUGAUAAAACUAAGGCAUAGAGGGGUUAUGUAAUACAGCCAGUAACUUGUGAAUCAGAUUCUAAGGACUUAAUAUUAGCAUCAGAUAAAAUUCCAAUCCUGUUUCCCCUUAUCGUCUCUCUUCAUUGGUUGCUCCCAAGUAAGUAGGAAGACACCAUACAGCAGCUUCUUCGUGCAGCCUCAGAUCACGUUAGCUCUCUGAUAACUAAUAUCACAUUGCUAACUUAUUUCAUGUAUUGUUUAUAAAAGCCUUUUGCACAUAUGCUAAGCGUUCUCUCCCCUUUCUCUGCCUGCAGUUGAUUUUUUGGAUCCAAGGCAGAAUGUUCCAUUCAUCUCUAUUAGAUCUAGUCCAUUGUCCACUGUUCUCACCUAUGAAGCUUUGUGUUUAUUUUUAAUCUUGACCCUGUGGUUUCAAAGUACUCACUUUUGCAACCAGCUUCACCUCAUCCUCAGGGGUGACCAGCCACCUUCUUAUCUUCACGCAAGUUACAGGUGAGGGCGAGCCUCUGGAGUGUUCCUCUCCAGGCCCUCAUCCAGCUUAUCAGUCACGUACAAGUGGUUGUACAGCAGGCUGCCAUCAGCCUGCUCUUUACUUCUCCUGUUUUCUCCAAGGAGGUGUUUUAAUGACCCUGGUGUUCGCCUCCCUGGGCCAGUGACCAACUUCCUUCAGUCUCCUUCAAGGACAUCAUUCUCCACAAACGGUCUGGGCUGCCUAAGAACCUCAUGUUUGCUGUACUCAGGUGCACUUUCUUCGCUCCCCCCCCCCCAGUCUUAUCAUCCUCCUGAGUUCACUUUUCCUCCGUCAGGCAUUUAAUGAUGCUGCUGCAUUUCCCAGGGGCCCAAAUUUACCCUCUUUUCCUUGCCGUGGCAUCUGAUCCUUUGCUGCAACCGUUUGGAUUCUCUGAAAUCUGCUUCUGAGUUUGCUCCUACACGCAGGAGCUGGUUCUUCUCACCCCCCGGGGCAUGAAUACAGGCAGCCAGCUCAGGUCAUCCACGUAGUGUUGUUCCAGAUACCUAGUGGUGCCAGGACUAAGCCCACAUUUGUCUGCAGCGGUUACCCAGGAGAUAAGAGAGACUGGACCAUUAUGAUGUUUCUGAGGUAUCUCUCCAGCACCAGUAGGCAGGGGAUCUCUAGCUUAGGGAGGAGUUCAGAAGGCUGGGCACUCACCAUUUGUCUUUGGUCCCCACAGAACAUGUUUGGGAUGUGGAAGCCUAUGGUGUUCUUGGCCCUUGCAGCUGUGGCUCUGUAUGUGUUACCCAACAUGCGACCGCAGGAGACAGAGUCCUGCCUCGUGGAGUGAUGGCAGG